AUGCCGACCUACUCAACAAUCGAAAAGUUUUUCGUUAGGAGAAGUUCCCAGCAAGGGGAGGGAAAUGUAUCACUUUUUGCUGAUGUGGAUAUUCUCCCCGUUGGCGCAUCCACACGAGCCGAAUUCGAGAAAGGUGUCUAUAAUCAUGCCGAGUUCGAAACACUAGAGACCUAUAUUAUUGUUCCUACGCCUGAAUACAUCACCGAAAGUAUGGGGAGGCCAAACAUCGAGACAUAUCUGGGGAGUCAUUACCGUCGCAAAAAGAUUUACAUGAUCACGGGCCUCAAAAUCGCAAAGCAAGGAAGGGUAUGGCGCGGAGACCGUUAUGAUGGGGGAGGAGGCUCGCAGUUUGGUAAUCAACCGAUGCUCAUCCUUCCCGCAUCUUUGGGCCUCGAUCUCAGAUACAAAAGAGGGGUUGAUGAGGAGGUCAGUUCUAGUCCAAACGAUUUUGUCUGGGCUUUCAAUUUGAGGCGAAUUUACUAUCGCAAAGGACUGCUAGUAAAGAGUGACACUUUCGCCAAUGGUGCAACAUUUGCGGAGGAUGAUGAAUGGAAGCAUGAGGAAGAGCAUGAGCAGAAGUCUUCCCUCAAUGACAAGGACAGUACUGUGGAGGGUAUGGAUGAGAAAGAUUUUGAUGAAGGGUUCAGACAUGAAUCGUGGCACUCGGAUUGUGGAUCUUGA